UAACCUCCAACAUGGCGGCGAGAGGCCAUGUGCAAGACCCUAACGACCGGAGACUUAGACCCAUUUACGGUAACAAUUCGCAGGGAAACAGCACAUCUGUGUCUGGUUAAAUGUGUUGUCAUUGUUUAUCGAUGUACCGGAGUGGUCGUCUGAUCAGUAACUUGUGUCCCGGACUCGGUGGGCAGCACCAGGGCCCCCGAAGUCCCAGCCCCGGACUCAAUUCGCCUGCAGCGCCGAAUGACAGUGCACCUUGGCUUGAGUGGAUGUCAGCACAAUUCUGACAGCGCACAACUGCAGACAUUUUGCCCAUCGUUAUUCAAUGCACGGUGAAACAUCUUUGCUUUGAACGACACCCUAAAAGAGUUUCAGCGAUCAUUCUCUCCCACUUACUAAAUUCAGUUCUCCUUUAUUUGACAGCUAGCUAGUUAACUAAAGGUUAGCGGUGUUGGCUAGCCAUUUUAGCAUGCAGAAACCGUGAUGGAUCUGAGCCGUAACGUUAUUACAAAUAGUUUUGUAUGCGACAGAAAUAUCAGUAACUAUGCCUAACUAACGUUUAGCUAACUAGUUAGUUGGUCAGAUACACCUGGGUGUAUUAGUUGCACAAAUUGGUCAGAUGCAUUUUACCGUUAGCUAACUAACGGUAGGUAGCUAGUAAAGAAUGCAAUGGUUUGGCUGGUAACGUUACAGAGGCAAUAGUUGUGAUGCUAGCUGGUUAGCUUGAUUUUUAUUAGCGGGUGUUUUUGAUUUCGUGUCUCACUCUGAUGCUGAUACCAACUCUGUUAACUCAUCGGUUAGCUAGCUACAAAGCAGGAAGGCUAUAGCUGGUUAGCCUGCUGUUAUGUGUCAGAUGGGUAUAAGAGGAUUAAGGUUGGCUAGCUUGAUAUGCCUGGUUGUGUUGUAGCCUUUGAUUUGAGACAUUCGAUGACAUUCUAGUGACGUGUUUCAUCAUACAGAUAGCUAGCUAGAUCCAGUUAGAUUUAUUUUCAUACUGCUCUAAUUACAUGCACCGUUGUUGAGACAUCUGUUUGGUCUCUCAGCUUUCUCUCUGUUUCCCAUUCCUCAAAUGCUCUGCUGAAAUCAUGUAGAGUUGAUUAUCAUCACUUGACAGAGGCUGUCAAUGAGUGGACACUGAACACAAUGAAAAUAUAGCUGUUUAUGAAGAAUAGGAAACCCUGAUGGCCAACACGAGACAUAUUGAUGUAGGCGUAGCUGUCAUUUGGGCUGAUGACAUUGUGUAGCUGUAGAGCACUUUGUGUCUGUCUUGCAGGGUUAAUUUUGGCAUCCAGCUGUCCUGAAGUCUAGACCCCAACUUGCCCUGUUAAAGGGACUGUGUGCGUGCUUGUCUUGGUGUGUGCAUUGAAAAAAAGAAGAAGCUAAAUUAGCAUGACAAGCUGAAUUACAUAUAAAAGCCUUUGAAAAAAAAAAAAAGCUUAUGGUACGCUCAGUUGACAUUUCAGAGAUACGCUUUCAGAGAUACGCUACAUAAAACACAUGAAUUUUUCAUGAAUAUAAAAAGCGUAUACUAAAAUAAAGAAAUACUACAUGUCAUGUCUCAAAAUCGAUAUCUAUCUAACCUCUAUAUUGUUUUAUGUCCUGCUUAUUCGAGUUCAACGGGAAAGUGAGCCUGUCAGGUAGCCUUUAUUCUCUCACAGCAUCCAGCCUAGCUGACGCGAUGCUCUGCUGUGCAAUUGUCCUUAUUUUCAAUUAUUUUUUUCUCGUUUUAGUAAGCCUAAUUUUGGCCAUCCUACAAGGGUAAAAACUCCAAUAACUUUUGAAAGGUUAUUAUGAUAGGCACAUGAGGUUUGGACCAUUGGUUGUUUUAGAGGAUUAUUUACACAAUUCACAUAUUUUACCCAUUGGUCAAAAUAUGUGUUUUUGAUUGGACAUCCUCCGUUUUACGUGUAUGUGUUAUACUACUGUAUGGAGUAGGUUGACUGAUUCUGUAAUGUCAUCUCCCGUCAGACUACCUGGACAAUGGCAACAACAAGAUGGCGAUCCAGCAGGCUGACAAAUUGCUGAAGAAACACAAGGACCUGCACUGUGCCAAGGUGGGUGGGACUCUGGCUCUGGGCUGUAUUUAGGACCCAAGAUGGAGCCCAGAGUUUUUCCUGCUCUGGUCAAAAACUCCUCGCCACCAGCUGUAAGUUAAGUUGGGUUAAUGACUGAAGGAGAGACGAGGACUUAUAUCCAAAACUGACCCCCUAGGUCUUACCUAAAACCGUGCCCCUAACCUCUACCCCCUAUGAUGAUGGUGGUGGCAUGUUACUCAGGCAGAUCUCCCUCUCCCCAGGUGUUGAAAGCCAUCGGUCUGCAGCGAACAGGGAAACAGGAUGAAGCAUUUAGCCUGGCCCAGGAGGUGGCGACCCUGGAACCCACCGACGACAACUCAUUACAGGCUCUCACUAUACUGUACAGGGAGAUGCACCGCCGUGAGUACGCGCACACACACACACACAUUUGUUUUACUAUCCUUGUGGGGACCAAACAAUUGAUUCCCAUUCAAAAUCUUAUUUUCCCUAACCCUUAACCUAACCCCUAACCCUAAUUGUAACCCUAAACCUAACAUGAUAUUUUUCCUUGUGGGGACCAGCAAAAUGUCCCCACUUUUCCAGAUUGUUCUUGUUUUACUAUCCUUUUGAGUACUUCUGGUCCCCACAAGGAUGGUAAAACCAAAAACACACACACAUCCACCCCCCCCCCCCCCCCCCCCCCCCCCCAAACACAGAACUCUGUGAAAUAUCUUUAAAGCGCCCCCAUACACUGUACGAUUUUAGCUGUCUUAUGCCAUGAUUCUUUCCGUCCCAGACAAAAUGUCCACUUCGUAGGCAAAUUGUUAGGUCGUAAACGAUUGUUGGACGUCUUUGCUCGUUCAGAGUGACAGGGUCUAGGUCUGCCGAUUUUAAGUACCACUGCGUGCGGUUGUAAGCUCCGACAAAGUUCUGGCAGUGUCAGAAUUGUUUUGCAUUUAUCGUGUAGUGUGGCUGGUGUUACAAGCCGAUCCCGGUGACUGACCAAUAGGAAUACGUCCGGCACUAAGUAUGCACAUUAUUGUGAAUAGUCAGAUUAAUAUAAUAGUUUGAUUUAAACGUUUACAUGCUGUGCAAAAAUAACGAUUUCCCUAAUAAUCUGAAAUCAGGCUACCUGAUGGGAUUUUGAUAAAUGCACCAAAUCGCCAAUCAAAAUAAAUGUACCACAGCGACCAUGUUAUUUUAAGGAAGCCUAUUUGAUUCUGAGUUCGGACAUAUAAAGUUUGUAUGUGAAAACUCUGCAUACUUUCAUUUUUUCCGUACUCGAGCAUAAGCUGGUGCUGGCACAUGCGCAGAUCAAAUACACCGCUACAGUUGACAGUUGACAUAGCCUACGUCGGCAGAAUGUGGUGACAGAACUGAAGCAAAUCGUACAAGCUGGCCAGGUUGAUAUCAAUAUUUUUAUUUAGUUACAUUGCACAGUGUGACGUGAUGAUUGUAAAAGACUGAAUCCAACAUAGUCUGCAAAGGCCUUAGAUGCUGUGAUGGUGUUGAGUCUUCCCCAUCCCUCCUCUGUCUGUAGCUGAGUUGGUGACUAAGCUGUAUGAAGCUGCGGUGAAGAAGGUUCCCCUCAGUGAAGAGUAUCACUCUCACCUGUUCAUGGCCUACGCCCGUGUUGGAGAGUACAAGAAGAUGCAGCAGGUCAGAAAACACACGCAGACACAUACACACACACACACACACUUCCCCAGCUUUUCCACAAACAUUAAAUACAACUGCUUUAACCUAUUCAUGUGUGAGUUCCAGUUGCCCCAGCGUGAGUUUUUUUUGCGCGUGAUGUCAAAAUGCACUCACUGUUCCAAAAUGUCCAUUUGAAAUGAUUUUCUAACAAGUUUUAUUUUCUAACAGUUUAAAUUGAGGUGUGUUCCGCCUCCUCAUUAAUUCACAUAAGAAGUAGCCCAUUUCACUGUUGAGGACAAUUUAUGUUUGAGGCUUUACUGAGCAGGACAAACUUCUCUCUUCAACGAGAGCCCAAGCACUUCCCCAGGGUUUCCCCAGAUCAAGUAUGAAGACAUUGCGCAUCUCUAGUCAGAACAGGCCUUGCACAAACCUAUUCCCCCGGCACAUUUUCUGGCUGGCGCCCGCAUUGCGUUCAUUGUUGUUUUCCUUACAAAUUGGACUUUGGACAUGUGUGUGUUCCUAUCAAAGUAAGUGCCUUAUUUUCUGUAUAUCGUGUUGUCGUUGCUACUGUAGCAUAUCGUAUGUAUGGAUCAUAAUGUAUUUACUGUUUUAUUUACAUGUUUUCAAGUACUGGUGAGAAAUCAUGCGUUCCGAUUCUUGCAUAGAUUGUAAUGGACACAUAUGAUGUGUGUAAAAUACUUUUUUGAAGGUUGUACUGAUUAUGAUGAGCUAAUGCUAAGCUAUUUGAUAGCUAUGUGUGCCGCCAUGUUUGUUGACAUCAUACAUUCUGGUUGCCACGUUAAGCGUCUGUCAGACCAAAGAUGUUAUAACAAGGGAUAGUCCACUAGACUGACUUGUGGUGCUUUCAAGACAACUGGGAACUCUGAAAAAUAUGAGGACAAAUCAUGAUGUCAGUGAUCUUCAGGUCGGAAGGUUGGAGCUUUAGAAAGAGGCCCGAGUUCCCGAGUUGGAAUACCGAGUUGGAUGACCGUUCAAAACGAUGUUAUAAUAAUUAUUUUUUGAGUUCCCAGUUGUCUUGAACGCACUGAAGUCGGAGAUUUCCGAGAUCCCAGUUGUUUUGAACGCGGCAUCAGAAUGUGUUCUAUGGUACCUCAGGGUUGCCAGCUCAGACCCCCCCACAAACCCCCCUAAAAUGGUUUCAAUCAAUCAAUCAAAAUGUAUUUAUAAAGCCCUUUUUACAUCAGCAGAUGUCACAAAGUGCUAUACAGAAACCCAGCCUAAAACCCCAAACAGCAAGCAAUGCAGAUGUAGAAGCACGGUGGCUAGGAAAAACUCCCUAGAAAGGCAGAAACCUGGGAAGAAACCUAUAGAGGAACCAGGCUCUGAUGGGUGGCCAGUCCCCUUCUGGUUGUGCCGGGUGGAGGUUGCAACAGGUCAGUACAUCAGGAAUAAAUGUCACUUGGCUUUUCAUAGCCGGCCAUUUAGAGGUUGAAAUAGCUGGUGCGGUAGAGAGAGAGAGUUGAAAUCAGCAGGUCUGGGACAAGGUAGCACGUCCGGUGAACAGGUCAGGGUUCCAUAGCCGCAGGCAGAAGAGUGGAAACUGGAGCAGCAGCACGACCAGGUGGACUGGGGACAGUGAGGAGUCAUCAGGCCAGGGAGUCCUGAGGCAUGGUCCUAGGGCUCAGGUCCUCCGGGAUGGGAGGGAGAGAGGGUUUCAUCCCUGUUUAGCUUUCGCACUACAGGUAGGCUAGGUGAUAACAUUUUAUUUGCUUUGUGAUUUGUCAAAAAACGGUAAACAACUUGUCAAGUCAUGUGCUCCGGUUCUUGUAUACACUGUAACAAGUAAAUCAAAGAUUUGUAAUAUGCUGAAAAGUAGCCAAACUAAGUUAAUAUUUUUCAGCCAAUGGGCGCAGCCAUCUUUGACUUUGUUUAUUUGCGUCUUAUAGUGAAUGGUAUUCUGGGAUUAGGGAGUUUUCGCUUGUCUAACAUAAACAAACAUGGUUGCCAUCAUAAAGAAUUUAGCUGUUGUUAGCUUAGCUGACACGCAUCUCUUUUCUAAACGAUAUUACAUUUCUCCCUUGUGCUCACCAGAGAUGUGGUACAUUGUAAACAAGUCUAGCUGUUAGGUCGCUAACUUAUAUUUAGUUUUUUUUCAGUGCAACCUGUUAUUUAGACUAUUUUAUGGAAUGAGUUUGGCUGUGGAUGUGUUCCGUGUGAUGUUUGAAUGAUGAAGUUUGCAUUUAUCUUUUACAAUAAAUUGUGAAAUUGAGGAAUAAAGUUGUGAAGACCUUUAUUUCCCAGCCGUACAAAACAUUGUUUAGAUGCUUUUCAGACAACAAUGCUGUUUAGAUGCGUUUGUUGCAUCAUACGUUCUGUUGCUACUGUUCCAAUCACAUAUUUGUGAUGGUACGCUGCAGGGACCAGUCAACAAUGAUCACAAAUAUGUGAUCGUAUGUGUCAAAGGGUUAACUACCCCCAACUGGUGACUUCAAUAUUCACAUGAUGUCAACAAAUACUAAGUUGUCUUCUUUUCUAUUGUUCUAACUCUCUCUCUCUCUCUCUCUCUCUCUCUCUCUCUCUCUCUCUCUCUCUCUCUCUCUCUCUCUCUCUCUCUCGUCUCUCUCUCUCUCUCUCUCUCUCUCUCUCUCUCUCUCUCUCUCUCUCUCUCUCUCUCUCUCUCUCUCUCUCUCUCUCUCUAGGCAGGGAUGGCUUUGUAUAAGAUCGUUCCUAAGAACCCCUACUACUUCUGGUCUGUCAUGAGUCUGGUCAUGCAGGUAGGCAUGGUCUCUCACUAAAUAUAUAGCUUGAGUGACUGUGUGAGUCUGUCUGUCUGUGUGUGUGACUGUGUGAGUCUGUCUGUGUGUGUGACUGUGUGAGUCUGUCUGUGUGACUGUGAGAGUCUGUCUGUCUAUGUGACUGUGAGAGUCUGUCUGUCUAUGUGACUGUGAGAGUCUGUCUGUAUGUGUGUGUGAGUCUGUCUGUAUGUGUGGCUGUGAGAGUCUGUCGGUAUGUGUGUGUGACUGUGUGAGUCUGUCUGUAUGUGUGACUGUGUGAGUCUGUCUGUCUGUGUGACUGUGAGAGUCUGUCUGUAUGUGUGUGUGACUGUGAGUCUGUCUGUAUGUGUGUGUGAGUCUGUCUGUAUGUGUGGCUGUGAGAGUCUGUCGGUAUGUGUGUGUGUGACUGUGUGAGUCUGUCUGUAUGUGUGACUGUGUGAGUCUGUCUGUCUGUCUGUGUGACUGUGAGAGUCUGUCUGUAUGUGUGUGUGACUGUGUGAGUCUGUCUGUAUGUGUGACUGUGAGAGUCUGUCUGUAUGUGUGUGUGACUGUGUGUGUUUCAGGCCAUCUCUGCGCAGGAUGAGAAGUUGGCCCAGACCAUGUUCUUGCCCCUGGCUGAACGCAUGGUGGAGAAGAUGGUCAAGGAGGAGAAGAUCGAGGCUGAGGCAGAGGUGCAACUGUACUUUAUGAUCCUGGAGCGGCUGGGGAAGUGUGUGGAGGCUCUGGACGUGGUCCGCGGUCCACUGGGAGGUAAGAGUGGACAGAGAUUUUGUGUGUGAGACACUCGGAGAGCAGAUUUGUGCAGCUUCUGGGUUGUUUGCUGUGUGACUUGUUCGCUGUGUGACUUGUUCAUGUCUUUCUACCCACUCUGUGUAUGUUUGCGGUCUCAUAGAGAAGUUGACCAGUGAAUUGCAGAGCAGGGAGAAUAAGUGUAUGAUGAUGUACCAACGACUGCAGCUCUGGCCUGAAUGCAAUGCUCUGUCCUACAAGCUACUGCUCAAAAAGUGAGUAAACACAUUCAUAUACAAACUCACAUUUAUGCACACACUUCAGCAUUGCUCUUACGUAGUUGGUCUUGAUCUCGCUCUCUCUCUCUCUCGCUCUCUCUCUCUCUCUCUCUCUCUCUCUCUCUCUCUCUUCUCUCUACAGUCCUGAUGAUUGGCAGUUCUAUCUCUCCUACUUUGACUCUCUUUUCCAUCUGAUGGACAAGUCCUGGAGCCUACCUAAGGAAGAAGAGUAGUGAGUACUGUGUGUGUCAGGGUUUCCGUUAGGAAAAUGUGGCGCCGGACAAUGUGACAUUUACGUUUACAUUUACGUCAUUUAGCAGACACUCUUAUCCAGAGCGACUUACAAAUUGGUGCAUUCAACUUAUGAUAGCCAGUGGGACAACCACCCUAUUUUUAUUUUUUUAUGGUGGGGGAGGGGGGGUAGAAGGAUUACUUUUAUACUAUUCCAGGUAUUCCUUAAAGAGGUAGGGUUUCAAGUGUCUCCGGAAGGUGGUCAGUGACUCCGCUGUCCUGGCGUCGUGGGGGAGCUUGUUCCACCAUUGGGGUGCCAGAGCAGCGAAUAGUUUUGACUGGGCUGAGUGGGAACUGUGCUUCCGUAGAGGUAGGGGGGCUAGCAGGCCAGAGGUGGAUGAACGUAGUGCCCUCGUUUGGGUGGAGGGUCUGAACAGAGCCUGAAGGUAAGGAGGUGCCGUUCUCCUCACAGCUCCGUAGGCAAGCACCAUGGUCUUGUAGUAGAUGCAAGCCUCAACUGGAAGCCAGUGGAGUGUGCGGAGGAGCGGGGUGACAUGAGAGAACUUGGGAAGGUUGAACACCAGACGGGCUGCAGCGUUCUGGAUAAGCUGUAGUGGUUUAAUGGCACAGGCAGGGAGCCCAGCCAACAACGAGUUGCAGUAAUCUAGACGGGAGAUGACAAGUGCCUGGAUUAGGACCUGUGCCGCUUUCUGUGUAAGGUAGGGUCGUACUCUGCGAAUGUUGUAGAGCAUGAACCUGCAGGAUCGGGUCACCGCUUUGAUGUUAGCGAAGAACGACAGGGUGUUGUCCAGGGUCACGCCAAGGUUCUUUGCACUCUGGGAGGAGUACACAAUGGAGUUGUCAACCGUGAUGGCGAGAUCAUGGAGCGGGCAGUCCUUCUCCGGGAGGAAGAGCAGCUCCGUCUUGCCGAGGUUCAGCUUGAGGUGAUGAUCCGACAUCCACACUGAUAUGUCUGCCAGACAUGCAGAGAUGCGAUUCGCCACCUGGUUAUCAGAAGGGGGAAAGGAGAAAAUUAAUUGUGACCAGGAAGCUUUUAAUUUAUCGGCCAUUUGAGAAAUUUACCGGACCCAUUAGGGCGUCCACCCACGGUGCUCAGAAUGACAGAAAUCACAUUUAGAUUAUGGUAAUGCAACUUAACAGAACAUUCAAUUCCUGUAAUGAAGCAGCCAAUAAAACGUCAUUUUCAAACAUUUGCCAAAAUGCAAUUUGUGGGAAAACUCCAUUCUAAACAGCGCACCCGAUGAGAGCGGUUCCAUAUGUGAUAGAGAUGAAAAUCUCCAUUAGAAACAUAGAAAGAGGGGGAAUCUAAAGAUGCAACAACUAGGAUGGGUUGCUAAUAUGACUAGGACUGUGCCUUUGGCUUCUGGACAAUGAAAGAAAGUUGAUACAGUGAGGGGAAAAAAGUAUUUGAUCCCCUGCUGAUUUUGUACGUUUGCCCACUGACAAAGACAUGAUCAGUCUAUAAUUUUAAUGCUAGGUUUAUUUGAACAGUGAGAGACAGAAUAACAACAACAAAAAUCCAGAAAAAUGCAUGUUAAAAAUUGAUUUGCAUUUUAAUGAGGGAAAUAAGUAUUUGACCCCUCUGCAAAACAUGACUUAGUACUUGGUGGCAAAACCCUUGUUGGCAAUCACAGAGGUCAGACGUUUCUUGUAGUUGGUCACCAGGUUUGCACACAUCUCAGGAGGGAUUUUGUUCCACUCUUUGCAGAUCUUCUCCAAGUCAUUAAGGUUUCGAGGCUGACGUUUGGCAACUCGAACCUUCAGCUCCCUCCACAGAUUUUCUAUGGGAUUAAGGUCUGGAGACUGGCUAGGCCACUCCAGGACCUUAAUGUGCUUCUUCUUGAGCCACUCCUUUGUUGCCUUGGCCGUGUGUUUUGGAUCAUUGUCAUGCUGGAAUACCCAUCCACGACCCAUUUUCAAUUCCCUGGCUGAGGGAAGGAGGUUCUCACCAAAGAUUUGACGGUACAUGGCCCCGUCCAUCGUCCCUUUGAAGUUGUCCUGUCCCCUUAGCAGAAAAACACACCCAAAGCAUAAUGUUUCCACCUCCAUGUUUGACGGUGGGGAUGGUGUUCUUGGGGUCAUAGGCAGCAUUCCUCCUCCUCCAAACACGGCGAGUUGAGUUGAUGACAAAGAGCUCGAUUUUGGUCUCAUCUGACCAUCACCCAGUUCUCCUCUGAAUCAUUCAGAUGUUCAUUGGCAAACUUCAGACGGCCCUGUAUAUGUGCUUUCUUGAGCAGGGGGACCUUGCGGGAGCUGCAGGAUUUCAGUCCUUCACGGCGUAGUGUGUUACCAAUUGUUUUCUUGGUGACUAUGGUCCCUACUGCCUUGAGAUCAUUGACAAGAUCCUCCCGUGUAGUUCUGGGCUGAUUCCUCACCGUUCUCAUGAUCAUUGCAACUCCACGAGGUGAGAUCUUGCAUGGAGCCCCAGGCCGAGGGAGAUUGACAGUUAUUUUGUGUUUCUUCCAUUUGCGAAUAAUCGCACCAACUGUUGUCACCUUCUCACCAAGCUGCUUGGCGAUGGUCUUGUAGCCCAUUCCAGCCUUGUGUAGGUCUACAAUCUUGUCCCUGACAUCCUUGGAGAGCUCUUUGGUCUUGGCCAUGGUGGAGAGUUUGGAAUCUGAUUGAUUGUUCUGUGGACAGGUGUCUUUUAUACAGGUAACAAGCUGAGAUUAGGAGCACUCCCUUUAAGAGUGUGCUCCUAAUCUCAGCUCGUUACCUGUAUAAAAGACACCUGGGAGCCAGAAAUCUUUCUGAUUGAGAGGGGGUCAAAUACUUAUUUCCCUCAUUAAAAUGCAAAUAAAUGUAUAACAUUUUUGACAUGCGUUUUUCUGGAUUUUUUUGUUGUUAUUCUGUCUCUCACUGUUCAAAUAAACCUACCAUUAAAAUUAUAGACUUAUUUCUUUGUCAGUGGGCAAACGUACAAAAUCAGCAGGGGAUCAAAUACCUUUUUCCCUCACUGUAUGAAAACCAAUAGAACAGGAGAGAAAUGGCACAUGAGGAAGUCUUUCAUUGGCGGUGCAUCCAAAAGGUUAUACUCCUGUCUAUACAUAAAUAAAAUCAUUCAAAAUACUUCACCAGAAAGCAUGACAUCCACAGAGGAAUCGAUGAUCAUUAGCUUUAAAAACAAUAAAAUAGCUGUGGACUGUUAGAAAUCACAAGCUUGUAGGACUAUGCCUAUUUGCAAGGCCGCAAUUUGGGCAGAACGCGUGGCAAUAGGCCUGGCUAAUUAUUGAGUUGCGGCUGUCAGUGAAAAGCAUCUAAAAUAUGUGUAUAGAUUGUGUCUUGAGUAUAAUUAAAAAAUGAUGAGGCAAGAAGGCGAGGGAGGGGUGUGUUGCGAAGAUAUAGGGGAGUCUCUCACCAGAAUGGCUCAGAUGUCUCCCUCCAAUUCUUGCACAUUCAUUGUUUCAUUGUGUAAAUUGUUUGUCCUUUGUUUAUUUUGAUCAAUUCCCCAUCACCAGUAGUAAUGAGGAAUUUAUAAAAAGAGUAGCUUAAGUCAAGACAUAUAGAAAGGGAUGCAGACAGGCUGAGUAGAGAGAUUAAUGCAAUUGAAAAAACCUGAAUUUAUCAGAUUUUCUGUUUUUAUUUGUAGACUUAAUGUUUUUGAACUUAGUUGACAAUGGAAGUAAUAGGCCUACUGCUGCAUUGGCCUAUAGGCUUUGAGUUCUAUGCGCUCAUUUCUUUAGCAGCCAAUGGAUCACGGUGUAUCAAUGUGUCCAUAUGGUAGAGGCUGCUGCUCUCGCAUUAGUUGAAUUUUUAACUUUUUUAUUUUUAUCAUUUUAAUUCAGAUUUGUAUGAUUAACCAUGUGACAAUGAUUCUGAGAAACGAAAACGUUAUUAUUGAAAUGCGCAAAUGAAAAUCAUAACUGGCACGCAGAUCGGUAGAAAUGUUAGGAGAAUAAAUUGCUUCCCCAAACUUGAAACUCACGCGCCGCCUAUGAAAUCUUUAUAAAAUAAUUGCCUCCACGUUUCCAGGGUCGGAUUUGCCUAUAGACUACUUUGAAGCAAGGUAAGACAUGCCUCAUAAUAUAAAGUAAAACAUUCAGGUUUCAAACAAUUAAGUAGGCCUAUGUUUUCAAAAUGCAUAGGCCCUAAUGCCUCCAGCUCACAUUUUUAAAGGGGAGGUGACAAGCUGAUAGCCUGUUGCUUGCACUUGAAUGGUGAAUGGGAGGCGCUCUUCAAUUAGGCGGUAAUAAAGUUGAGAAAUAAAAAUAGUAAGCCAAGCUGUUUUUAAUUGUGCACAAGAACUGUUUUUAACACGUGACUGCAUUUAGAAUUGUUGUGCAAUGAAUGGGCUUAUAAAAGCAUGUUUUCCUCCAGCAGCAACCAGCUGAGGAGCAGCAGGACAAACCCCCUCAGAAUAGGCUCUGAAUGCUGUGCGCGUCUGAUAGUUGUGUUGGAUAAAUAAGAUGGGCUACUUGAUGAUUAACGAAAAUACACAUAUGCCAAUUUAAUUCCACUAGUUUAUGCAAAUUCCACUAUAUUAUGCAAAUUAACCUAUAGACCGAUAAGCAUGACGAUCAAAUGUAUUUCCAUCGACUGGUAUUUCCGUCAAUGAAUAGAAAGCUAUUUUUUAUUUCUUUUUUUUGAUCAUUUUGGCCGGCAAAAGUUUUUAUUGGCCAAAAGCCGGCAAUUGCCGGCUAACGGAAACCCUGGUGUGUGAGGGUGUGUGAGGGUGUGUGAGUGAGAAAAUAUUAUAUAAUAGCGGACUAUUAGAAGAGGCCAUUGCUUGUUAGAGAUUCUGCUCUUGUAUAAGAGAAGAGAUGGACUGAUCAAACAAAGAACCUGACUAUCUCGUCUGCCUCCCCCUUCUCUCUAGCUGUGUGGAGGGUCCAGUGCAGACCACGGUGGCAGAGGCAGUGAAGUUUGUGGUGGACAGGAUGGAGGAGCAGGACAAGAAGGAGUCUCGUCCUCUCAGAGGGCCCUACCUGGCCUGCCUGGAGCUCAUACACAGACUGAGACAGAGGGGCUGUCCUGAUGAGCACGAGCUAGGUACAGACACACACACACACACACACAGACACCAGUGCUGCUGUUAUUUUUUGGAACUCUGUUCAAUUAUUUGAAUUCCAUUUGGUUCGUUUUUUUUCCUGUGAGCUCGAUGCACAGUUUCUCUAGAGAUAAAUCAGAUCAAGCCCGAACUGUGCGAUGUAGUAGGGAGUUUCCAACAAGCCAAUAUUCUACAUUUAGUUUAGCGCAGAAAAGGUGGUAAUUAACUACAAUGACCAUAAUCCAUUGCACGCCCGCCUACUCGUCCGAUCUGUGUGGAGCUUAUUAUACCUCAGUGGUGUGGAGCAGACACAGAGACGGAGAGAGGCGAGAACACGCGAUCCAGAGGGAUAGAAAGCAGUUGCUUCGCGAGGAGAUCUCUACCUGAAGCUACUGCACAUGAUCUAAGUGAUUCAUAUUUCAGAAAAGUAUGCCUUAUUUACUUUGAAGAACUACUAAAGUAGUAAUUUUGUCAGACAGCAUAGGCAGCAGCUCUAUAGAGAUGAGAUGAUGACUUGGAAUGAAAUAUUAAAGUAAUGUGAAUAAAUGCUAGUUAAUAAGUGAUAAGCAGUAAUGGGCAGUCACUACCAUCAUGGGACUUUUAUUCAAACUAAUAGUUAGAUUCUGUGUUAUAGCAUUCAACCCUCAUAGUGCAUUUAAUAAUUGAACCGAAACCAAACCGACCUCAAAAAGCACUAAUCUCUCAGCACCAACGCACACACCACAGUUGCCUCUGCACACACCACAGUUGCCUCUGCACACACCACAGUUGCCUCUGCACACACCACAGUUGCCUCUGCACACACCACAGUUGCCUCGGCACACACCACAGUUGCCUCUGCACACACCACAGUUUCCUUGGCACACACCACAGUUGCCUCUGCACACACCACAGUUUCCUUGGCACACACCACAGUUGCCUCUGCACACACCACAGUUGCCUCUGCACACACCACAGUUGCCUCUGCACACACCACAGUUUCCUCUGCACACACCACAGUUUCCUUGGCACACACCACAGUUUCCUUGGCACACACCACAGUUUCCUUGGCACACACCACAGUUGCCUCUGCACACACCACAGUUGCCUCUGCACACACCACAGUUGCCUCUGCACACACCACAGUUUCCUCGGCACACACCACAGUUUCCUCGGCACACACCACAGUUGCCUCUGCACACACCACAGUUUCCUCGGCACACACCACAGUUGCCUCUGCACACACCACAGUUGCCUCUGCACACAACACAGUUGCCUCUGCACACACCACAGUUUCCUCGGCACACACCACAGUUUCCUCGGCUGUUGACUGUUUGCGUUGUGUUUUUAUUGGUGGUUGUCUACAGGUGAUCCGUUGGAGUUGAUGGUUCAGUUCUUUGGGAAGUUUGGAGACAAACCCUGCUGUAUUACAGACCUGAAGAUAUACCUACACCUACUGCCCCCUGAGCAACACACACAGGUACACACACACACAGGUACACACACACACACCUGCAGAAUACCACCAGUAGUGGGAAUCGAUCACCAAGCCCCUGAUGAGUUUGACAUGAUAAUAUCAAUUUUGCUCUUCUCCUAUUCUCUCUCUUCCUCUCGUCCUCCCUGUAGUUUAAAAACCGUCUGGGGGAGUUGGUUCCGUUGGGGGAGGUGGGGGAGGAUGGCUUUGGGUUUCCGGGGGAUACGAAGGCGUUACAGAGACACCUGUGUGUGUGUCAGCUGAGCCGGGCGCUGGGACUGCAACACGCUCUGGACACAGAGGGCAAACUACGCCUCAUCACAGAACUCAAAGCCCACUACCACCACGGACUACAGUUUGGUAAGGACAGCAGCACUCCUCUAUCUCUCCUUCUCUCUCUUACUACCACUAUGGGCUACAGUUUGGUAAGGACAGCCAUUCUAUCGGGCUAUCUUUAUCCAUCCCUUUCAGUCUAUCCAUCCAAAAUUGGAUGCAUCUAGCUUACAAAACUGCUGGAAGAGAUGCAAUGACAAUUUUGCGAAGAACCAGAAAAUAGUUUGUCUGACUAAUGUGUGUGUGUGUAACAGGGAAGUCGUGUCUGAAGACAGAGCUCCAGUUCUCUGAUAUGUACUGUCUCAUGGUCGCUCACGUCUACAUCGACCUCUGGACAGAAACUGGUGAGUCAUUGUCUCUCUUUCUCUCCAUCUACCUUCCUUCUCUUUCUGCCUCUUUCUCUUAUUCUCUCUCUCUGCCUUCUCACUUGCUCUCUCUCUCUUUCUCUCUCUCUGCCUCUUUCUCUCGGUCUCUCUCUCUGUGUUUGUUAACAUACUGUGUGUGUGUGUCUGUGCGUGUUAGGCGAUGAGAACAUGCUGUGGCAGUGUCUAGGUGUGUUAGAGGAGGGUUUGUCCUUCAGCCCCUCCAACGCUCAGUUCAAACUACUGCUGCUGCUGCUGUUCUGUCGCCUGGGAGCCUUCCAGCCCGUAGUGGACCUCUACUCCAGCCUGGAUGCCAAGCACGUACAGCAUGACACCAUAGGGUGGGUCUAUAGUACACACACAAGUUUUACUAUCCUUGUUGGGAGCUAAAAUAGAUUUCCCCGCAAAAUCCUAUUUUCCCCUAACUCCUUACAAUAAACCUAACACCUAAUUCUAACCCAAAUUGUAACCCUAAACCUAACCCCUAAGCCUAAAAUAGCCUUUGUCCUCAAGGGAGACCUGGGAAAUGUCCCCACGAGGGAGAAUUGUCCUUGUUUUACUAUCCAUGUGGGGGACUUUUGGGGACUUCCGGUGCCCACGGGGAUAGUAACACACACAGACCAGGGUUUCCAUUAGCCGGUAAUAGCCAGCUUUUGGCCCCCCAAAAAAAUGAAAAGCCGAUUUUAAAUAUAAUUGGAGCUGGCCAAUUAUAAAAUCCCAUUGAGAAAUAAUGCAUUUUAGCCUAUUCAUUGAUUGAAAAGCCAAGCUGUUUUUAAUUGUGCAAUAAAACAGUUUUUAACAGGUGAUUGUAUUUAGGGCGGCAGGUAUCUUAGUGGUUAAGAGCGUUGUGCCAGUAACCGAAAGGUCGCUGGUUCUAAUCCCUGAGCCGACUAGGUGAAAAAUCUGUCGAUGUGCCCUUGAGCAAGGCACUUAACCCUAAUUGCUCAUGUAAGUCGCUCUGGAUAAGAGCAUCUGCUAAAUGACUAAAAUGUAAAAUGUUGUGCAAUGAAUGGGCUUAUAAAAGCAUGUUUUACUCCAGCAGCAACCAGCUGAUUUCUCCUGCAGCUCCUCAGCUUGUUGCUACUGGAGGAAAACGUGCUAAAAUGCAUUAUUUCUCAAUGGGACUUUAUAAUUGGCCAGCUCCAAUUAUAUUUAAAAUCGGCUUUUCAUUUUUUGGGGGGGCCAAAAGCUGGCUAUUACCGGCUAAUGGAAACCCUGGUCUGUGUGUGUUACUAUCCCCGUGGGCACCGGAAGUCCCCAAAAGUCCCCACUGUUCAAUGCAGCGUGUAGUGACUUAGAGUAGGCCUAGGAUAUAGCCUGUAUCAGGGUAGCCUACUCUGCUGACACUGACAAACAGAUCAAUAAAAACGACCUUGUCUGAUCCAUAUAAUCGGCCUACUAAAAGGGGAGACACAAAUACAAUAUGACGUCCAUCUAACCUGGAGGAGGAAAUUAUUGUCCAAAAACAAACAAAAGUGUCACUGACACAAAGACAGUGAAUAUGCACACUCACCGGGGAUAUGGCUAAUGUUCUCUGCUGGUGCCAAUAAGAUCGCUCAAUUAAGUUGAGAAUUUUGAUAACUAAAAGACAGAUUGGAGUCUUUUCAUUGUUAUCGCUUUACAGCAAUAGCCAUUUGUUUUCCAAACAGUUUUUCUGCGAUUGUAUUUUAAAAAUUGCGAUAUGCCUGGCUGGGUCUCUCUGCUUUUCACUGACAGUCGCAUCUCAACAAUCAUCUAUUUGGUAUUUGCAGCACGCUGCCCAAAUUGCAGGCCCUUCCGACUGUAGUCUAUGCGAUUUAAAAACAAUCCACAUCUUAUUUUUGUUGUAUAAAAAAAAAAAAAAAAAGAAGCUAAUGAUCCUCUGUGGCCAAAUCAUGCUCUCUGGUGUAGUAGCCUAUUUUUUAAUGAUUAUAUUUAUUUCUGUAUAGACAGGAGUAAGCUAAUUAGGCUAUAUAAUUUUGGCAAUUUACUUUAGGGAAAGCUUCCCCUAGCCUUAUAAACGCGCCACCUAUGUAUUCUAACGUCUUACAAUUGCUCAUCGGAAUUCGGUAAAAAUUACGCAUGCCGUUGCAUGUUCUGUUAAGAUGAAUUACCAUAAACUAAAUGUGAUUUCUGUCAUUCUGAGAACUGUGGGUGGACGUCCUAAUCAUGUUACGCAACCAUUUUUGGUCCGUAAAUUAAAAUGCUGCAGGUCAAAUGUCCGUGCCACAUUUUCCUGAUGGAAACCCUAACACACACGCACAUUAUGAUACAAUACAAUAGGAUUACCAUAACCAAUGCACUAAUCCUUCUAUUCUUUCCUCUCUCCCAGGUAUCUGUUAACUCGUUAUGCAGGGUCGUUGGGGCAGUUUGCUGCAGCCUCCCAGUCCUGUAACUUCUCCCUUAGGUUUUUCCACUCCAACCAGAAAGAUGUGAGUCCCUGUCGCAUCUAAAUGUGUCCUAAAUAUGUCCUAUAUUCUGAUGAAUAGUAUUUUCUCACCUCGUCUUCCUUGUUUCUUUUCUCUACUCCCCCAGACCUCAGAGUACAUCAUCCAGGCCUAUAAGUACGGAGCGUUUGAGAAAAUCCCAGAAUUCAUAGCGUUUAGAACCCGGCUCAACCAAUCGCUGCACUUCGCUCAGGUCCGCACCGAGAGGAUGUUACUGGACCUGUACACCGAGGCUGACAUGUGAGUACCCAAACACACACACACACACACACACACACACACACACCCCUGUAACAUAUUCCUAUGUUGUUCCAGCGCAUCAAGUCUGGAGGAGAGUGUGAAGGCGAUGGGUGUGUGUCCUGAGGAGGAUGACAUUCCCUGGGACAACAUGAGGGACAACAGAGACUUGACUGUCCUCUUCAGCUGGGACCCCAAGGACAGGUACACACACACACACACACACACACACACACACACAGUUCACAACAUACAGUGGGGGAAAAAAGUAUUUAGUCAGCCACCAAUUGUGCAAGUUCUCCCACUUAAAAAGAUGAGAGAGGCCUGUAAAUUUCAUCAUAGGUACACGUCAACUAUGACAGACAAAAUGAGAAAAAAAAUCCAGAAAAUCACAUUGUAGGAUUUUUAAUGAAUUUAUUUGCAAAUUAUGGUGGAAAAUAAGUAUUUGGUCAAUAACAAAAGUUUCUCAAUACUUUGUUAUAUACCCUUUGUUGGCAAUGACACAGGUCAAACAUUUUCUGUAAGUCUUCACAAGGUUUUCACACACUGUUGCUGGUAUUUUGGCCCAUUCCUCCAUGCAGAUCUCCUCUAGAGCAGUGAUGUUUUGGGCAACACAGACUUUCAACUCCCUCCAAAGAUUUUCUAUGGGGUUGAGAUCUGGAGACUGGCUAGGCCACUCCAGGACCUUGAAAUGCUUCUUACGAAGCCACUCCUUCGUUGCCCGGGCGGUGUGUUUGGGAUCAUUGUCAUGCUGAAAGACCCAGCCACGUUUCAUCUUCAAUGCCCUUGCUGAUGGAAGGAGGUUUUCACUCAAAAUCUCACGAUACAUGGCCCCAUUCAUUCUUUCCUUUACACGGAUCAGUCGUCCUGGUCCCUUUGCAGAAAAACAGCCCCAAAGCAUGAUGUUUCCACCCCCAUGCUUCACAGUAGGUAUGGUGUUCUUUGGAUGCAACUCAGCAUUCUUUGUCCUCCAAACACGACGAGUUGAGUUUUUACCAAAAAGUUCUAUUUUGGUUUCAUCUGACUAUAUGACAUUCUCCCAAUCCUCUUCUGGAUCAUCCAAAUGCACUCUAGCAAACUUCAGACGGGCCUGGACAUGUACUGGCUUAAGCAGGGGGACACGUCUGGCACUGCAGGAUUUGAGUCCCUGGCGGCGUAGUGUGUUACUGAUGGUAGGCUUUGUUACUUUGGUCCCAGCUCUCUGCAGGUCAUUCACUAGGUCCCCCCGUGUGGUUCUGGGAUUUUUGCUCACCGUUCUUGUGAUCAUUUUGACCCCACGGGGUGAGAUCUUGCGUGGAGCCGCAGAUCGAGGGAGAUUAUCAGUGGUCUUGUAUGUCUUCCAUUUCCUAAUAAUUGCUCCCACAGUUGAUUUCUUCAAACCAAGCUGCUUACCUAUUGCAGAUUCAGUCUUCCCAGCCUGGUGCAGGUCUACAAUUUUGUUUCUGGUGUCCUUUGACAGCUCUUUGGUCUUGGCCAUAGUGGAGUUUGGAGUGUGACUGUUUGAGGUUGUGGACAGGUGUCUUUUAUACUGAUAACAAGUUCAAACAGGUGCCAUUAAUACAGGUAACGAGUGGAGGACAGAGGAGCCUCUUAAAGAAGAAGUUACAGGUCUGUGAGAGCCAGAAAUCUUGCUUGUUUGUAGGUGACCAAAUACUUAUUUUCCACCAUUUGCAAAUAAAUUCAUUAAAAAUCCUACAAUGUGAUUUUCUGGAUUUAUUUUUCUCAAUUUGUCUGUCAUAGUUGACGUGUACCUAUGAUGAAAAUUACAGGCCUCUCUCAUCUUUUUAAGUGGGAGAACUUGCACAAUUGGUGGCUGACUAAAUACUUUUUCCCCCCACUGUAUUUACCCAUGACAGUCUGUAAAAAUGUGUGUGUGUGUUCCAGGGAGCUGACUGAGGAGCAUCGUCAUCUGUCUCUAGAGGAGGAGUCGGUCUGGUUGAAGGUUCGAUCUCUCACGCUCCGCCUCCUCGCCUCAUUGGCUCUGCUCGGACACGCCCCCUCGUCACGGAACUCUGAUAAGACCAAUGAGAAUGGUGUAUCAGCCAAAAGCUCCACUCUCCUGACCCUCCUCUCCCAGCUAGACCAGACGCUACAGACCGCAGCCCAGAUCACAGAGAAACAGACACAGGUACACACAUACACACUUCACCAAUAAAUGUAUAAUGUAAUAUAUGCUAAUUGGCUUAUCUAAAGCAACUUUCAUCAGUGAGCGCAUACAUUUUCAUAUGGGUGGCCCCAGCAUGAAUCGAACCCACGACCCUGGCACCAUGCUCUUACCAACUGAGCCACGCAGGACCACUAACUGUUGUUGUGUUGUUCCAGUACCCAUUCCUGGGCCCUCCCUCCUCCCGCCUGGCCUCUGCUCUGUCUAGUGGCAGCUGUCACUGUCAGGCCUCUGCUCUGCAACUAGCACUGACUCUUCAGGAACUAGAGACCACUGGACUGGGUAAGACGGGGAGAUGGGGAGGGAUUGGGAGAGAGAGGGAUGUAGGGUUCCGUACCACUGGCCUCCAACCAUCUGUCCAUCUACAGAAGCAGCAGGACUGGGAAGGAGAGAGAGAUGGAGGAAGAGAGGGAUGUGGGACGGGUAUAUGAGAGGGUGGGGAAGUGGGAGGAGUAAUAGAGAGGGGAAGAGGAGAAAGGAUGUCAUGUUCUUUAUAAUUUCUCUCUCCAGACGACUCGUCAGAACUCCAAACCCAGAUCUGUAACUCCUUCAAAUCAUUAAUAGUACAACUAGAAGGUAAGACAUCAGACUUCUUUAAAGAUGACAACAGGUCCAUGGUAAUAAUGACAGUGUAGUCAGCCACAGGAGAUAUCAUUGCUUCAGGUUGCUAGUCGAGUUAUCACUGGUGUAGUGGAUCCUUCUUAUUCCCCAUGCUGAUCUGUGCCCUCCCUCCCUCCCCUCCCCUCUCUCCAUCCAGAGAUGUUAUCCAGAUGUAAAGGAGAAGUGUUAGAGAUGAAAGACAGCAGAUUGAAGACCCAGCCCUCCCUGCUAGAAACACUGGUCUUCUUCGUCGAGGUCAGUGUAUUACACUUAGUCACAUUAAAUAUAUAUCACUAAAACAUUGCUAAAAUGUAAAUGUAUUAUAAUAUGAAAUAUUGCAGAUGCACAGCAACUGUGUGUGUAAUACGUGGUGAUGUGUCUCCUGGUCAGACGGUGUGUGUGGUGCUGUGGGUGACCAGUUACUCUGCCAGCGUCCUGCGACCGCUCAAGUCCAGCCUACAGAAGAAGAAGAAGAAGAGAAAGGACACCAGCACGGCCAUGGUACACACUCACUACCGUCAUCCUCCCCUUGUCCUCGUACAACCCUUCUCUGGCAAUAACUCGUUGCCCCCUUCCUCUGUCCCUGUAGCCAGUGGUGUUGUGUGGCUUCCAGGAGUGGACAGGCAGCCUGCAGGGCGUUGUGACCCAGGCUCUGGAUCACGUGAAGGGGCAGGAGGCCAGCCUGACGGCCCUCAAACUAGCAGCACUCACCUUGGAGGAGGGACACGCACAGACACAGGUUGGUAGGGCUGGGUGGGUGGGUAGCUAGCUGUGUGUAUGUACAGAUUUGUGCCUAAGCAUUUACUUAGUUUCUUUAAUUCAUAGCAUGUUUCUUUCUCUUCUUACUCUCCCCCUUAUGUAUUUUUCUGUCUCUCUCCUACCCUCUCUCUCCCAGGAGGAGUGUGGGUUCACCAGAGCAGCCAUGGACAAGGUUCAGAGUAGUUAUCUUGGCUCGCUGCAGGAGCUGGGAGAUCUACUGAGGAAGAGAGCUGAUUCGCUGAAGAGCCUCAAGAUCUGACCCACCAUCACCCUUCAAUCAACAUUGUCAUACCUAACUAUCACUAUUAUACUGGAUCACCCCAUCAUCUAACUCCACCCCCACACAGCGCCGUCUCCCCCUGCUCCUCUCAAAGGAGGUCUGCCUGCCACCAACACACCAUCUCUUUCACUUCAUCCCUCUCCCUUUCCACAUAUCCCUCGCUCUGGGUGUCUCUUUAUAUAACAGGACUCUAUCCCUCCCUCCCUUUCUUCAUCUCUCACCGUGAGAACCAUCACUGCUCUCUCAGCAAAGAACCACAGAUAUUUCCAGUUUAUUAUAUGUGA